AAAUUUAAUUUUUAAUUUUACAUUUUAUUGUUAGAAAUUAUUAGUUACCGCUAAAGCGGAAGUCCGUAGUUUUUAAUGUUCAUGACAAAGCUUUUGCAACGACCAAAACAUGAGUUCUAUAGGCACUGGGUAUGAUUUAUCUGCAUCACAGUUUUCUCCUGAUGGAAGAGUUUUUCAGGUGGAAUAUGCACAAAAAGCAGUUGAAAACAGCGGAACAGCCAUUGGCAUACGCGGAAAAGAUGGUGUGGUGUUUGGUGUUGAAAAACUGAUAACUUCUAAAUUAUAUGAAACUGGUGAUAAUAAAAGGAUUCUUAACAUUGACAGACACAUUGGAGCAGCUGUUGCAGGUUUAAAUGCUGAUGCCCGCCAUCUCAUAGAUAGAGCCAGAUCAGAAGCAUCAAAUUAUAGAAAUAGCUAUGGGGAUGCUAUUCCCUUACAGCUUCUGUCUGAACGUGUCUCUGGUUAUGUUCAUGCACACACAUUGUACAGUUCUGUUAGACCGUUUGGAGUUAGCCUCAUCAUUGGUUCAAUGGAGAGGGAUGGUCCUCAAAUGUAUCUAGUUGAACCUUCUGGAGUGUCCUGGGGUUAUUAUGGAUGUGCUGUGGGCAAGGCCAAACAGAAUGCAAAAACAGAAAUUGAAAAAUUAAAAAUGAAAGACAUGUCCAUUAAAGACCUUGUUAAAGAAGUAGCAAAAAUCAUUUACGUGGUACAUGAUGAAGUCAAAGAUAAAUCUUUUGAGCUGGAACUUAGUUGGGUCGGUGAUAUUACUGACAACAAACAUGUUCUUGUCCCCCCUGAAGUCUUUGUGGAAGCUGAGAAAUAUGCUAAGGAGGCACUGGAAGAGUCAGAUGAUUCAGAUGAUGAAGAUCUUUGAACAAAUGUCUAUUAGGAAAAUGUUUAAUUUCUGACAUGUAUGACAGUUUGAAUGCAACAUUACAUUUUUAAAACAUUUGUGCGCGUAAAUAUGACAAUGUAAAACAACAACAGUUCAGAAAGUUUUCUUUUCUAACUUAAAAAAGAAAUUAGAUUUUUUUUCUAAUUAUCCCAAUUUUUUAAAAAGAAAUUUAAAAUUAAUAAUGUUUACUUUUCCUUCUUCAGUCAAAAAAAAAGUAAAUAUAAAAAAAGUCUAAAUUUACUUGAGACUUGCUACAUAAUACUGUGUGCAUUGUUACACCCAACUCAUUAUCAUCACACCUUGUUUUGUCCAUUACAUUGAAUACUUUUUUUUUUGUGAAGUCUAUUUCAUAUUUGAAAUAAAAAUGAAAUCAUGUGA